AUGGAUAAAGUCACUACAAUGGCGCAGGCCAGCAAUGCGGAUGGCACGGUCGCAAUGCCUAAGCUAGAAGAUCUACUCCGCCACCCGGAAGACCUAGACAAGAUCAACAGUCUAAAAGCCGAAUACCUACGGAAGAAGACGGCCGUCGACUCACGACUUCGCGAAGGACUCCGCGACCAACUUGAGGCUGUACAGCGAAGUAUCAGUUUCUUAACAGAAGGGCAACGACAAGUAUUGAAAACGAAAGACGAGCUACAGGGAAUCGAUAAGUUAUGCACCGAGUCGCAGGAUAGCGUGGAGGACUUUGCGCAGAUAGACAAGUUAGCGCGGAUUCAGCGACACUUCGACGCCACACUGAUGAUGAAGAAGGGGCUGGAGAAUUUCAGCGCAGAUUUACAAGAGGUGGAAGAUUUGUUGAAGGAGGAUGAUGACGAUCUUGAGAAUCAGCCGAAUCUCCUACGGGCUCAUAUGCAGAUUUCCCGAUUGAGGGAUUUUAGAGAUGAGGCUAUGGAUCAGAUUCGGAUGACUAUGGAUGCUAGUGCGGAGAGUACUCUUACGGAUUAUUUUCAAGGGUUGGACUCUGUUAUUGAUUGGUUUGAUGAUCAUCUUGGGACAGCUUGUAUGAAUCUGAUUCCGUUGAUUCAGGAAGAUAACAAGAGUAUGGUUGUUCGAUUGGCUGUUGUGGUGUUGAAUGAGGAGAAGAAUGAUGACACCGUGCGUGCAUUGCAGGAGGCACAGAAAGACCACAAGGACCUGGCUAGUCGAUUCAAGUCUAUGAGGAUUGGUCCAAAGACUGUACGCGGAUACAAGGAGAAGCUUAUGCAGGCGAUUGAAUUUUACGCUCAAACCCAAUUCGAGAACACCAAGGAUGAAUUCAUGGGUGAUCCUGAUCAGUUGGAGAAGAGUUUCCGUUGGUUUUUCAAUGAUCUGUUUACGGUUAAACAGGGCAUGCAGCCUCUUGUGCCGAAGAAAUGGAAGAUCUACAAGACCUACACGGAUAUUUAUCAUCGAAUGAUGCACGACUUCCUGAUGGAAAUGAUUGACGACCCUGAGAUUCCUGCGGAUAAUCUAUUGAAGAUCAUUCAUUGGAGUGACAAGUAUUACAAGAAGAUGAAGAAAUUGGGCUGGAUGCCGAACGACCUCAUGCCCAAUAUUCUUGAUGACCGGGAGCCAGAACUGGUGCGACAGUGGCAGAGCGUUAUUAUUAAUGCCGUGGAAGAAUGGAUGGAUCGCAUCUUCGAGACCGACAAGCGAGGUCUUGUGGAACGGCAACCAGAUGCCCUCGGUACCAGUCCAGAUGGCUUUUUCCGUACAAAGACACUGGCCGAUAUGUGGCGUAUGCUUCACGAGCAGAUCAACGCCGCCGGCUCGUCUGAAAGAGCCGAUGUUGUUGAGGGUGUCAUUGAUGCUAUGUUCCGAUCGUUGAAGACCCGCCUGAGCGCUUGGCAAUCACUGAUUGAUGAAGAGUGCACCAAGGCCAAGACAUCUAGUACUGAACAAAAUGAAGGUGUUCAAUUGUUACAGGACUGGCUUGUUGGCGUGGCCAAUGACCAGAUUGCCUGCAUUGACGAUAACGAGGAGACGGGGCAACUGGGCUACCUAUCAAGAUUCAAGCGCGACAUCGAAGCACUCGUCACACCAAAAUACAUGGCUACUCGAGCGAACCCCGAGCUUGACGCUAUACGCGAUGGCUACGUAGAUCUUAGCACACACUGCCUGGCGCAGUUUGUACAGGUCGUAUUCACUGUUGAUCUUGCCACUGUCAUCCCAGACCUAUUCACCGCAAAAUGGUACGGCGAAUACGCCAUCAAGCGCAUCACAUCCACAUUCGAAGAUUACAUGGCCGAUUACUCACCCGUCCUACAUCCCUCCCUCGUCGACAUUUUGGUCGAAGAACUCUCAGACGAACUGCUCGUCCGAUACCUAUCUUCAGUACGCAACAAGGGCGUCAAAUUCCGUCGAAACGCAGACCCCUUCACAGAUAAAUUCAAAGACGACGUUCUUACUGUAUUUGCAUUCUUCCAGAAAUACGAGGACUCAUUCGAGGGAACCAUUAAACAGAAAUGGCGUCUUGUGGACUGGUUGGUUCGCUUGCUUGAAGCUGAAAAGGGACAAGCCGUUGUCAAUGUAUACGAGGCUUUCAAGAUUGAGUACUGGGAUUUGCAACUAUCUUGGGUUGAGGCUGUUUUGCGCACUCGUGAUGACUUCGAGCGUAGCAUGAUCAGUGGUGUUAAGGCGAAGGCUGCCGAGUUAUCUGUUGAACGAGGCAUGGAGACUAUCAUGAGUCGAUUGAGGUGA